CUACAAAUCCACCCACAAACCUACGCCACUCACGCAGCUUUCUCAGCCUUCAACUUCAUACCUCCUUCACCUCCUUCCACCCGAUAAUGCUAUGCUAAGAUUUCUCCGCACCGCAAUGGCCACCCUCACCAACACCCCCCGAGUCCCCAUCCCCGCCAACGGGGUCGACUACCGUGGCAAAGUAGUCCUGGCCCCGAUGGUCCGCUCCGGCGAACUCCCCUCUCGUCUCAUUGCCCUCAGAUACGGCGCCGAUCUCGUCUGGGGCCCCGAAACCAUCGACCGGGCCCUCGCAGGAGCCGUCCGCCGCGUGAACCCCCGCAACGGCACCAUCGAAUUCACCCGCAUGCCCUCCAACAGCGGGCGCGCUGAAAAAGCAACCCAAGAAUCCGUGAUCUACCGUCUCGACCCUGUCCGUGAAAAGGGCAAACUCAUUUUCCAGAUCGGCACCGCCACACCGGAAAUCGCCGUCGCAGCUGCUAAACUCGUCGCGGGCGAUGUCGCCGGUAUCGAUGUGAACUCGGGAUGUCCGAAGCCAUUCAGCACGAGCGGCGGAAUGGGUGCGGCACUGCUUCGGACACCGGACAAGUUGGUUGCUAUCUUGGAGGCGCUGGUUAAGGAGGUCGGGACGCCAUUCCAGAUCGGUAUCUCGGUUAAGAUUCGCAUUCUUAGUGACCCGGAGGAGACGAAGGCAUUGGUUUCUCGGCUGGUGAAGACCGGUAUUACGGGGUUGACGGUGCAUUGUCGGACGACACCGAUGCGGCCCCGUGAACGGGCGAUUCGGGAUCAGCUGCGCAUGGUUGCUUCGAUAUGUCAGGAUGCGGGCGUGGCGUGCGUGAUGAAUGGAGAUGUAACCUCCAAGGAUCAGGCGCUGGCUCUGAUGCAAGAGUUUGGUGUCGACGGGGCAAUGAUUGCCACGGCGGCCGAGGCGAAUCCUUCAUGCUUCCAGACUGAAGCCGAGGGCGGCCUUCUGCCCUGGAAGGAGGUGGUGCACGAGUACCUGAAGUUCUGUCUCGAGGCCGAGAACCGCUUCGGAAACUCCAAGUACCUUCUCAACAUUCUCGUUCCUGGCAAGCUCACCGAGGGCAAGAUUGCGAAAUCAGCAAGAUCGUACGCUGAUACGUGCCAUGCGCUUGGCUUCGAGGACCUCAUGCCCGCCGCGCUGCGGGUGGACGAGAUCCUCAAUCUCACCGACAAGUCAGUUACCACGAAAGAUCUCCAGACCGAAGCUGUCCGCAGCAAGGCCGUGCAGAACGCCAUGGAGAACAACGAAUCCGCCCGGGCUGCUAGCGGCGCAUCUCGAGUGAAAUCCACUUCCCCUGUCGCUACCGCAGGGGGCCCAAUUCGCACGAACUCCAUCCCGGCUCCCACGAAGUCCAAACCCCAGGAGACCGUGUCUGAGGUGGACAUUUCCGUACCGGCUCCUGAAGCUGCUCCUCAGAAGCAGGAGCUGGCAGCAUAAUCUUCGCAUUGUACAAGUUUCAUGUGCAUGUCCUCUUCACUUAUGCCCCCCCUUUUUUCGAAUUUUGUUCUGAUGAGAUGUCCGCAUUAUCUGGUGUUGAAUUUUGGUUCCAGUUUCUUCAUUGCAUUUCCAUUUUCAUAUUCUAUAGAUUCCCAGGGUGUGUUAUGAUAGAUAGAGGCUCGUUACAAGUGUUAUACAUACGAAUAAAUUCCUUCCCCA